AUGAAGCUUGACAUGGUGACGACGGACACGGACACGGAUGCUGCGAGAGAUCAUGUCUCCGUGUUGUCAGUGCUGCUCGCGUUCAAAUCUCUCCCGGGCGGAGGAUUGGCUGUUGGCGCCCGAGUGCGCAUAGUGACCACAAGUGCCCUACCAGUGGUGUCGAGCUCCAGCCUCGCUCUAGUCAACAAUAAGGUCGACGACUUGGACGUUGCCACUGACCUCUCGACAACCGGACUUCGCAGCGGGGCCACAGCAACCAGCUUCGAAGAGCCAGGACAAGACCUUAAGCUCCACGACGCCUACGAGGCUGACCACCACCACCACCACCACCAGCAGCGGACAGAAGACGAGGAGGAGGAGCACACUCGAUUAGACGAGGAGGAGGAGGAGGACGAAGAGGAGGAGGAGGAGGAGGAGGAGGAAGGCACAGAGGCCGAAGGAGGAGGAGGAGGAGCUACAAAAUCAGCGACUGGAAAAGGAGGAGGAGGAGGAGACGCGAGACGCAGGCAAAGUGAGGAGGAGGAGGAGGAGGAGGACGAAGACAAGAUGUUGGAGGCGUCGGACUUCCGAUUGCCGCCGCACGGCGACUACGGUGGCGGCCCGCCGCCGUCGUCGUAUGCCACCCUCACGCCGCUCCAGCCCCUGCCGCCCAUCUCGACCAUGUCGGACAAGUUUGCCUACUCCCACCACCACCACCACCAUCACCACCACCACGCCCUGCAGCACCAGGGUCACCACCACCAGCCGCAUCCUGUGCACCCGCACCACCACCUGCAGCACCAGCAGGUCAACUACCCUAAUGGCGGCGGGGAGUUGGAGGAGAUCAACACGAAGGAGUUGGCUCAACGGAUCAGCGCGGAGCUGAAGCGCUACAGCAUCCCGCAGGCCAUUUUCGCGCAACGGGUUCUCUGUCGAUCCCAGGGCACCCUUUCGGACCUGCUGCGGAACCCGAAACCCUGGAGCAAACUCAAGUCCGGCCGGGAAACCUUCCGCAGGAUGUGGAAGUGGCUGCAGGAACCCGAGUACCAGCGGAUGUCUGCUCUGCGACUUGCAGGAGGGAAAGAAACUGAAACUGUGUCAUACAACAUAGUAGAACAGGACAGGACAGGGCAGGAGAGAAGAAGAAGAAGCAAGGUUCUUGUGCUCUUCUCUCCCUUUGGCAACUCUGGCCCCAUUGUCAGAGGGAGUUUUCUGGGAAGAAAGCGGGGAAAGAGAGACUGA